CCAGCCCGCCUUGGAAAGUCCUGGGGCGGAAGGGCGGACUAAGGGCCCACUCCCCCACCCCCAAACCACCGCGGGGACCCGUGCGGCAACUUUUCUAAAGCUGGCCGCUCCGCGAUCGUCCAAGUGCGCGUCCUCCCCGAAGCAAGAGUCGCCGCGUGCCCGCCCGCCCCAGCUGGCUCGGCCGCCUCCGCCUGCCCCCGCCCCGCUCCGCCGCCGCCCCCGCUCACUUUCACGCGGUUGAGCCCGGCUUCCAGCCGGAGCUGCUGAACCACCUUCUUCAUAGCGGCGACGCUGGAAGAGCCAGACAUGGCGAAUUCGAGGGCCGGGCCGACUCGUCCGUCAAAGGGUCGGCAGGUCGCUGGUCGGCUGGGCCAGACGACUGGGCAGCAAGCGGCGGAGGCGGGGCUCCGAACUUUGUCUCUAAGUUUCCGGUUCUGUACUGGGCGACGCCACCCUCGGCGCGCAUGCGCGCCGCGCUUCGUCUGUGGUUCCAGCUCUCUGUCUGCUGGAGCGCGAGCGAGGAGGAGCGAGAGAAGAAGGGGCGGGGCGGUCUAUGGGCGUGGCGUGGCGGCGGCAGGCCAGCACGACCGGAUGCCAGUAUUCUCGUUCCCACUCGGGGAGGCUGAUUUGGGAGAGGUAAGGAAGGAGCUUGUGGUUAGCCGCCUAGACCCGAGAGGACAUUGAAGAGGACCGGUGAGGGAAGUCAGACGUUUGAAAGUCUCUAGAAGCUCUGGUGACCGAGGAGCCGGGAGGGCCCCGUUGUGCUCAGGGAGUUUGCGGCAGGGGUUGAGGGAAAGAAGGGGAGAGCCCAGCCGAGGCGGAGGAGCCAGACUGCCCCGCGCGAGUCUUCCGCACACCCUCGUAAGUCGUGUCCCGAAGUCACCCUUUGUCCAACGGCGUCCUCGGCCCGCUUCCCACCCGCGGACCCGGAGACGGAAAGGGGCGCGGAGCCCGCUGUGGCCGCCCAGGGUACCCGGCGGGCGAGGAGAACGGCGCUGGAGAAAAGAUCUCGGGGUUUUUGAUUUCUUUCGCCUCUUAAACUCUUGAAUCGUUUUUCUGGAAGAGUCUAUGAAGAAGCCAGGGUGCUGGCCGAAGAUUACAGCCAUCUCCUGUUAAACCAUCCCAUUUGAAGAAGUCUUACUGUACUUUUCAAAAUAAAACGUUUUUGUGUUCGGGAAAGUUUGCUCUUUUAUAUUUAAGUUGUAAUUACUUCCUACUUGAAAUCGAACCCCAAAGGAGUUUUUAGGAGGGAUAGGAUUUAACAAAACAAAGUAGCACAGCUAGUACUUCUGUUACCCGUGGAAACGUAUUAUGUCAUGACGCUAAAUAUAAAAAUAUUGUAUUUUUAUAAAGAGACCAGAAAUACAUGGAAUGCUAUUUUAAACAAGCCAAAAGUCUGUUAUAAAAUUAAUCUAAUACUGCUUAAAUGAAGAAAGAUAAAAAGACAACAAAAAUUCCAACUGUUAAUUAUCCCACUCAGACAUUGGUGAGUAUGUCUCGAAAUCCAAGUCAGCCUUCCUCAUCAGAGUUGGUGGAACUUCAUGUUUUUUAUGUCCCUGAAGGAUCGUGGAACUAUAAGUUAAAUACUAUUUCAAUAGAAGUUAUUAACAAAUUUAUUUCUGCUGGAUUUAUAAGAGUAUCUCCUCAACUUACUUUACAAGCCCUGAGGUUGCGCCUUGGUGAGUUCCUUGGUGAAGAUGCUGUUGCAGAAAAAUUUUUAUUCCUUAAAUGCAUUGGAAAUAAUUUAGCUGUGGUGAAAGAAAAGCAAGAACCAGAACUGAAACUCAAGUCAUUUGCUCCUCCAUAUGCUCUUCAACCAGAAUUAUAUUUGCUUCCUGUAAUGGACCAUUUAGGAAAUGUUUAUUCAGCAUCAUCAUCAGUUACUUUAGAUGGGCGGCAGAAUAAUAGUGAUAUUGCUGAGAUUGAUGGAACAAUCCAUAGACCAGUUAGUGUAACUCUGUCAAAGGAAGAACUUGGAAAGGAUCCCAGUUCCUUAGAAAACACAUUGAAAGACCUUAUUAACAAGAAUCAGGAAGAAGCUGAGGAAAUAGCCAUUCCUAAAGAAAGCCAGACUGUAAAAUAUCACAUUGGAAAUUCUGAGUUACCAGGAUCAUUGGAAGAUUCAAAUGAUUAUUUUACCAACAAAAAAAGUCAGUUUCUUUGGAAAAAUGAAGAAGAUACAACCACCAGUAGAAGACAGGACAGUCAGACAGGUGAAAAGGACCGAAUCACCCUGCCAGACCUCACUGAUUUUCCUUCAUUUCCUUGUCCACCUGUUCUUUCUUCAGGAGUAACUGAUAUAUCUCUAUUAAAGAUUGAGAGAGAGAAGAUUAUUGAACAGAUGAAACAAGUAAAGGAAGAAAGAAGAUAUCUGGAAAGAAUUAGAGAUGAACUAAUAAAAAAAGUUGAAAAGCUAUUUGAUCAAAGCAAAGUGAAACGAUAUCAUGCUUUUGAUGGUUGGAAGAAAAAAUAUUUGGAAACAAAGAAAGUCACAGCAUCAUUGGAGGAGGUUUUAACAAAACUUCGAGAUGAUUUGGAACUAUAUUAUAAAAAACUGCUCAUGCAACUUGAAGCCAGGGAGAUCAAGAUGAGACCAAAGAAUCUGGCAAAUAUCACAGACUCUAAGAAUAACCUUAUAAUCCAGAUCACUGAGGUACAGCAUGCAAUUGACCAACUUAAGAGAAAACUGGAUACUGAUAAAAUGAAACUCAUUAUAGAAGUUAAGAUGAGAAAACAAGCAGUUUCAGACUUACGCACACUGAAAGCUGAAAUGGCACAGAAGAAAACAAUACAUCUUUUCAAUCUCAAUUAGGUAUGUAAAUUUAACUUAUUUGUGAAAACUUUCAAUAUUUAUUUGAACAGAUUAAGCCUUGUUCUCCUAGCAGUGCAUUAUAUAAAUCAUAAGAUCCAUGUAGCAGUUUAAAAAUAAAUUUUUAAAAAAUCAU